AUGAAGUACGGAGAACAGCAGAGUAGGCAGUCGAGUUACUAUCUCGUAUCCUUGGUAUUUGCCACCGCAGCGUGGAUCAUGGUCCUCAUCGCACAGGCACUCCUAACAUCAACUGUUGGACAUGAAGCAGUUGGCGCACUAUGGUUCGCUAUGAUUAUCCAAUUUUUUGUCAACGUCGCCGUCGCCCUUGCGUUCUACACCAGAGGAAUGUGUCCUCAUCGGCACCAAAUAGCGAAUUUCUCCUCUAUGGCCGUGGUUUUGGGUGUCAUUGGGGUGGAUAGGACAGUGUACUCGAAGGAUCAAAGUCGACGUGCUAUAGCAGCAGGCUGGAUCAUCCUGUCGGCCGUGGAUAUUCUUUGGGUUCUCCACUUCUCUAAAGACGCUAGGGCGUCCAACGACUUAUCUCGAGCCCUUCCGGAAGAGGAGCCUCUGUCCACGAGAUCCCGUUCCAGCUCAAGCCAGCCGAAUGCCACAUCCAGUCAGUCGGACUCACCUAACGACAUCACGGUCAAGAAUCCGCUUUCUCCACUACCGUCCAUGUCUAGGGCUCGUCCUGAGGUUGAUCGUGAAGAAAGUGUGCUGAUGGCUGAGCAGGACCAGGCUCCUAGCCAAACACCGAACGCGGCUUCUACCGCCAACAGGAAGUCCAUUGGCGAUGCCCGUGACUCAAGCGGUGCCACGGGAUUUUUGCUCCCAAUGGUGCGUGCAGCUGAUGCUAAACAGCGAACUAACAACACAGUGAUCACACAGCGCUCGUCUUCUGCAACAAAUGCCAGUCUUAAUCAUGCCUCAUCUCUUUUGACUGUUUCGGCGAGUUUUAAUAGUGGUAUAACCACAGCUCCAAGCACUACUGUGUCAUAUUCAAGUCGCGCUCAGGCGUGUUGGACGUAUCAAGCGUCACCGGCUGAUGCUGAAGAGCUCAGCUUCACAGCUGGUGACAUUCUUUAUGUUGCAAGGACACCUCAAGGAAAGUGGUGGGAAGCGAGAAAGGUGGAUGGAUCUAAAGACAUCGUUCCCUCGAAUUAUCUUCGCCUCUUGGCGUCGUGA